AUGUCUCAAUCUUCCUACUUCGAUGGUUUCUACGUCAAGUGGUCAACCACCGUAUCCAAAAUCUGCCUCCCUCUCCUCUCCUCCGCCGUUACCGCCAACGCACUCUCCGGCAACGUAAACUCCGUCCUCAACAUCUUAGAAAUCUACUACGAAGCCCUAAAUUCUAAGGCGAAAAACGAUCCCAACACCAUCCCUUACCUCCUCUUCCCUUCCUGGCGCAAGUCGUUCGAGACGCCGCUUCUCUUCCUCGGCGACAUACAUCCUUAUCUCCUCACCAGACUCCUCCGAUCUCUCAUCACUCGAGCGAAUCAAGAUUCCGGUGAAAGUACCGACGAGCUGUUGAAGAAAAUCGAAGAGAUCGAGGACGAGACUGGGACUAAUGUCUCCGAUCUACUGGAUAGGAUGAGUAAAGCACAGAUCCAUUUCGCAGAUCGAUUCUCGGAGAAUUGGGUCUCGUCGUAUCAUUCUCCGGAAAAGAAACAGAGUAAAACGUCUAUGGAGAUGGCAGCUUCAAUGGCUGUUGAUUACGCCGCCAAGGAAGAGACGAUGGAGCUUGUGAAGAUCUUCGUUGAUGCGAAUCGAUUAAGGAAGAAAUUGAUCAGUGCCAUUGUCAAAGCUACAAGCAAAAGUCAUCAUCUUGCUCUCGCGGCUCUGUUUCUUGAAGGUCUAUGCAGAUUCUAUCUCAACUCUAGAGAUCUGGAUACAGCUAAACCGGUUCAGGCUCUUCCUAGUCCAGUUCUACUUCUACCACCUAACCAGACGGAACCGGUCAUGAUCCAGCAGCUAACAACUGAACCGGUACAGGCUCUUCUUAGUCCGGUUCCACCAGACGACAGGACUCUCCGGAUGGAAGAUGUACCGUACUACAUGGACUCCGGUUUACUCAAAUCCUGGUUCGCUCAGUCCGGAGGUGUUGUCUCCGCUAACGUCAUCCGGUACUGUGACAACGAAACCGGUCAGAUCAAACGGUUGGGUAAAAUCGUGUUUGGAACUUGGGCCGCCGCGAACCGGGCUCUAAAGCUAUACAACAACACUCCGAUCCCGUACCUGUUUCCAAUUCCGGUUCAGGUUUUUAGGCUCACGUGGUGUAACAAAAGAUCGGAGUACGCUAUAUUCGUUGGGAAUUUGAACGGAGAUGUUACGGCUUAUGCGCUGGGAGAGAUGUUCAGAGUGCAUUACCAAUCGGUUAGGGCUGCAAAAAUUGCGAUUGACAACGAGACGGGACGAGGCAGAGGUUAUGGUUUUGUUAGCUUUUCGGAUAAGAAUGAGCAGAUUCGUGCACUGGGUGAAAUGGACGGUCUUUGUUUUAUCAACCGGUUUAUGAAAAUCGGUCCUGCAUUUGGAAUUUACGAUCUUAGCCUUCAGUUUUCUUCUUUGGUUUGGGAUAACUGA